AAAAAUAUAGUGAAAACUGGCUCUCUCCUGCCCCUUAACUAGGUAACACACAUUGUGUUAGUGAACCACGUAAAUCGUGUGCCGUGUUUGCACAUACCUAAUUAAUACAUAAAUUCCUCAAUUUGAUGAAUAUCUAGAGUUGUAAGUUUGAUUGUCAUGAUGUCAUCCCUACCUCAAACGCCAGCUCGGAUAAAAAGCUCGCAUUUAUUUCAUUCAUUAUGGAAAAGGCUCUCGUUUAGAUUUUCCCCGUAAAUUUGGGAACGCGUCGGAGGAAAAGCUCUCAUUUCUCACAUUAUCGAUAUUUUAUUUCCCAUCCUCUCCUCCUUACCCCGACACAUAAAGUCUAAUCCCCACCUUCUUUCCUCUUCCCUUUCUCCGAAGCUCUCAUCUCCGCGGCAAAAAUGGCGGGUCGGAAACCGGACGGCAACGGCCGCGGCGCCGGCGGAGUCCCAUGCGAUUUCUGCAGCGACCAGCUCGCCGUUCUCUACUGCCGAGCCGACUCGGCGAAGCUCUGCUUGUUCUGCGACCAGCACGUCCACUCCGCUAACCUCCUCUCCCGGAAGCACAUCCGCUCCCAGAUCUGCGACAACUGCAGCUCCGAGCCGGUCUCCGUCCGCUGCGCCACCGAUAACCUGGUCCUCUGCCAAGAGUGCGACUAUGACGCUCACGGCAGCUGCUCCGCCUCUCACGACCGCGCUUCUCUUGAAGGCUUCUCCGGCUGCCCCUCCGCCCUCGAGCUCGCCGAGAUUUGGGGCUUCGAUUUCGCCGAGAAGGAGAAGUCUGCGGUGUCUCUGGAGGCUCCAAUUGGCGGCGGAUUGCAGGACUGGAUGGCGCAAAUCGAGGGUUGGAUGUGCGUUUCACAGGACGGAAUCAGCUUCCCGGAUUUGACAGUUCCCGUCGGCAACGCCCUGAUUUUCGGUACUGGCGGGGAGAAGAAGCAAGGGACUGGUGGCUCUAGUUGCGGGAGGUACAAGCAGGUGAUAUAUAAGCAGCUGGUGGAGCUGUAUAAGCGAGAUUUGGUUUCAGGCGGCGAAGGCGGAGAGAUUCCGGUGUCGGAUACGCCGAGCAGGAAUUGCUGGGAGGGAACUAAUCAGGCUAACGGAAUUGAUCCAGACUGCGGUGGCGAGGGAUGGGAGCAAAAGGAACCGCCGAUGGCGCCGUUCUCGUGUUUGCUUAACGAAUUGCCACCGCCGGCGGAAGCAGAAUCGAAAGCCACCACCACUACUGAUCGAUUCGUCGGAGUGAGCACACUGUGGAAUGGUAACAGUAACAGUAACCAGAACAACAGUAACAAGCCCGCCGCUCACGGUACUACACAGAUAUGGGAUUUCAAUUCAGGACAGUCGAGGAACCAAGAAGAUGAUGGUGGCUUGGAGGUAGGCUACGGCGUAGGCAAUCAAGCAGGUUUCUCCAUAAAGGGUAUCGGCGAGUUGAUCAAAGAAUCAUCAGUGGCGGGGGAUAUAUACCAAUUUGAUUGUUCCUCCAUUAGACACGAAGACAUGGUCUCCUUCACCAAGAAGAAGUCGAACAACCCAACAAUGAGCCAAGGUGCAGCAACGACGUCAGAGAGCAACAACAACCACCAUCCGCUGUCAACAAAGGCGCCCUUCAAGAAGGCCUCUUCCGGGGAAGGGAGCGGUGUUGCUACGUUGGCCCCUGGAGGUGGGAGCAAGGUAGUGGAUGUGGUAGUGAUGGCGCAGAACAGAGGGAAUGCAGUGCAACGGUACAAGGAGAAGAAGAAAACACGAAGAUUCGAUAAGCACAUACGGUAUGAAUCGAGGAAGGCUAGAGCUGAAACGAGGAAGCGAGUGAAGGGACGGUUUGUGAAAGCCACCGAUGCACCAUAGAGUUGAGAUUGGAGCUUCUAUGUAGAACAAGGGUUCUUCUUUUCCUCUUCUUUUUCUGUUGUACUUGAUAGAUGAUAGAACAAGCAUGUUGUACAUAUACUUAUGAACGGCAAACAGGCAAAAGAACAGUUCUUUCUUCUUCUUCUUCUUCUUCUUCUUGCUGCUGUGUGUGGCUUUGUUUUCUUCCUUCUUCUAGCUGACUGUUCUGGCAUAAUUUUCAUCAACAAUCUUGCCAUCUGGGCUGUCUCCAUAUUCAUUACUGAGUACUGAGUUUUUUGUGGACUGACUCCCUAUUUUUCUGGGCCCAAAUCUUAGUUCAAAAGGCCCCUCCGUCCAUUGGGCUUUUGGCGCAAAUGCAUUGCAGUUCCAGCAGAGCAAACAGAGACUCCUAACAGCAAAAAGCCGAAGCGAAAGUCUUCUGGAAUUUCUGGCCAUGUCGGUCUGGUAUUUUGAUAUGGCUGGCAGCAUAAGUCAGUCCACUCUUCAGCUGAUCUUAUCAAACUCCAAGACUUUGAAUCAGUCAGUCAUGGCGUCUUCAAUUAAAUUUUUUUUUUAGAA